AUGAGAAACUGGCUGAUCCUGCAUGUUCUGGCUGCAUGCUGCUUUGGUAUAACAUCACUCUGUUCAUCUGUCUCUUUCUGUGCAUUUGUUCAUUUUAUUUAGAUACAUAUUUAUUACAGUAUGUAGCUCCUAUAAUUUGUUUAAUUUGUUUUAUUCUUUUUUUCUCACAGAACUGAUAGCUGGGGAUGACAUUACUUCUUCAAGCCAUGAAGUCAUGAAGCCAGAGGGAGAAUCUGUGACUCUGAGCUGUUCAUAUGAUACAAGCCAAACCGAACCUUGGCUUUACUGGUACAGGCAUUACCCUAACCAGGCUCCUCAGUUUCUACUGUAUAAAGGUGCCAGAUCAAGUACCUCGGAACAUAUCCCUGAUAAGAGAUAUACAUCCAAAACGUCCUAUUCAUCAACUGAACUGAUCAUACAACAUCUAACCCUGGCAGACACAGCUCUCUACUACUGUGCUCUUGACUCAACACAGUGAUACAAAGUAUAUAAGACACUGUACAAAAACUUGCAGACCAAAAAUGCUUUGUUGCUGUGUGGAGCAUAAUUAAACAUCAACCACAAUUUGAUAUCAUAUGGCAGAGGUUUAGAUCAGAGAAGUGUGGUCACACCUGUGCUGUGUGCAAACACCAGGCGAUAUAGCGUUUCUCUGUCUUCCUAUUCAAUGCUCUUUGAGAAAUACUUAUUCUUCACUCUAGUUGGUAGAGUUUGGUAUGAGGGUCUUGACUUGGAUUGUAGUCGGGGAGGCCAGCCCUCGGUCGUGGACCGAGGUUGAUAGCUGGCCUCCCAGCAGGAUCAGCUCCCUGUCGUGGACUGAGGUUGAUAGCUGGCUUCCCAGCUGGAUCAGCCUCCAGUCUUGGACCGAGGUUGAUAGCUGGUGUCGUAUCGGGUGAAUGGUGGCAUAUUAUUGCUGUCAACAAAGAGUCCGUUCAAGCUGCACCGUGUUAGAGGCUUUUAUUAAAAUCACGAGGUUACAGCAUAAGUACAGACCCGCGGUGUCCGGAGAACGGCUCCUCAGAUUGCCAUGGCCGUUCUGCCCUUUCUGUAGUCUAGCCCCUAUUUAUAAACAAUGAUGCUCCCUCUUCUGGCCAAUCACCAGUCUCCCCUGUCUACAACACACUUCCUGUCUGUUGUACGUGACGUUACACUAAAACAUAUACUAACAUAAACAACAUUCCAUUUCUUCAUGAAAAACAUUUAACAAAGACAUAAUCUUCAUAUACGAUAUUCCCCCCUUCGAGACGAACAGUCUCGAAAACAAACAGAAUAGGAUUAUGACCAGUAACAAUUUAUCUUAUUGAGUAGGUUUAACAUUAAACCAAAAACAUUCUCCUCUAGAGUGUAAAUACCUUUCUAUGAAAUAUGAAUAACUGUUUAUGAAGUGUGAAUACAUUACUAUCUUUAUGAAGUGUGAAUACAUUACUAUGAAAUAUGAACAAAUCUCUAUGGAGUGUAAGAGCGAAAAACUGUCCGGCAACCUUCCAUCCAUCAAUCAAGACAGUAAAAUUCUCUCACGGUCCCUCUGCCCCAGGCAACCACCUUCGGUACUCCAGAUAACCUCAUAAACCAUGUAAAUGCAUUUGAAAGUAUGAUGCAAUUAAAUACACAUGUAAGCCCCUGCAAACAAAAUCCUAUCCAAAAACAUCCAUUGCAAGGCUGGUCAACCCAUUGGACCUUACAGUGAACCUCUCCCUGCCUAGCCUCUCUCUGUCCCUAAUCAUUCACGAAAUAAACAAAAACAUCUAAGAUCCUCACAUGUAUCCAAUAACAUCAAAUAUCCUUCUACAAAAAUUAAUCCCUAAGGCUAUGACACAAAUUAUGUAUUACACAUGUCUAUAUUUCAUUGCAGACACUGGAAUGUAGUCCACUACACUUCAUCUCCCCGUAGUCUCGACUUCCAAUGGAUUGUUGAUGAUGGAAUCAGCCACACCCUCCUUGUUUCAUCUCCUCCAGUCAUUGUCGUUUCAUAUUGUCCCUUCAUAUUGUCCUUGUUUGAGUCACAUGUUCCCCCAAAUGCUUCUGGAAGAAAAGAAAAGAAACGACCAAACAGUAUCUUUUGCAAAACAACCCUUUCAAAUUAAACAUCAAUAUCCACUAAGAAUAUAAAAAUGAUAUAUAAAUGAUGCAUGAAUCACAUAAACCCAUUCCCCCCUUUGAUUCAUAAAUCAUACUAAAAAUCACACUAAUAUUGGAAAAAAAUUGAAAAAUGAUCAAAACAUAAAAAUGAUAUUUAUCCAUUCAGUUCUACUUGUCCAUCUUUAUCCAGAUCAGGAACAGUCAACACCGGCAUCUGAGUGUUGUCUCCAGGCAUCACUCUCCAACCUAUCUCAAUAUUAUAGCUUUCUCAAAGGUCAGUAACAAAUUACAAACAUCACACAGUGUUAUCAAAGCUGCCAUUAAAUGUAACCCAUCACUGCCCCUACUGGCCUACCUGAUUCUGCAACCAAAUCUUCUCAGAUCUCCCAAACACAUCCCUUAUAUUCUUCAAUGCAUAUAUAACCAUCUGAACUAUCUGGACUCAAAGUAUACCUAAUAUUAUCCAUAUGAUCUUCCCAAAUGUUAUACCAUACCAUGGAAAAAGUCCCCCCUUCUCCCUUAGAUUUAUACUUCAAUGAUAGGCUUGAAGACUAUGACAUGUAACCAUGUCUCUUUUCAUCCAAUUUCAAAUAUAGCUUCAGAUUUCUGUCCAGUGCUACCCCUCUUAUAAUGGUAAAAACCUCAUAUGGAAGCUUCAACGUUGAUGUGUAACAACAUCCUGUCUAUCCAUAGGGUAAGAAUAUAUAUACUUUAUCACCACAAACCCUCCAAAUAUCUCUAAAAUUCCCCAUAGUCACAUUGUCAGGCAAAAGCUAAUCUUUUAACCAUCAAAGUCCUGCUGUUUUUACUACCUGGUACAUAAAAAGUAACAUAUUUCUCAUUACUACCCUUAAGGUCAUACAUACCCAAAGUUAUCAUAUAACAUCACAAUCUGAUAUUCCCAUAAACAUACCCCUUACCUCAUAUGUUUUAUUAGAACCAAACAACUUUUAGCCCUCAAUGGUUACACCUCAAAUGCUUCAGUUUUUGCUGUUACCUGAUUUUACUUUCCAUCUAACAAAUGCACCCACGUUAAUUCACUUAACCCAAUACCACCUAACCCUAGGCUUAAACAAAUGUUUUGACAACGACAUUAUUUUAUCUGUUACUGACUGUUGCUGCUGAUACCACAGUCAUGACAACGCACAAGAUUGACACAUACUUGAUAGAGGUCGAACGACCGUCUCUAAAAUGUUUGUUGGUGGAAUUCUCACCAGACAUGGACCCUCAAGAUUCCUCACUGAUCUUACAGAAUGAGUUAACCGCUGGAACCAAAGAUUCCUACCUGCCAUCUAUCUCUAACUUUCACAACAGAAGAAUCAAACCACUCCCUUUAGUUUCUCUCUUCCCUAACGAGCGGUACUGAUCAGAUACCUCUCCUUGUCUGUCAUUAAAAUCAAAGACCUCAUUCUGUCCUCCAUGAUAGUAUCACUCUUCUCUCUACUACUAUCUGUUCUCCUAUUUUAACCCUAUUCGUCUUGCUACCCCCUUUAAUUUCAGAACAGUUGUUGUCGGUGUCAUACUUCCUACAUUUGCUUAUUGCCAUCGUAUUAUUAAUCCCUUCCAAAGUUACCAUUAAAGUAGUUGAUGUAUUACCCUUAAUUACUUCUAGUGGCAAAGCUACCGAUAUCCUAUGUGUAUUAUUCACUGUUGGAGUGGCUACUGUAACCUACUCUUCCUGAACCUCCUUGGUGACUGUGAAACUUCAACAGAUUUCAAAUCUUCCAUCAUAAGCGUUACUUUAUGAAUUACAUAGCCUUUUAACCAAUAAUUCUUAACCGGAACAAAUUAUAAUGCUUGCACUAGAUAAGUAUACUUCUUCUCCAUAAUUAUCUCUCCAUGUGGGAGGAACGUCCCCAUCCUAACCCUAAUAAGUAUUUUUCCCCUAAAAUUGGUGCUGUAUUGGUUCCCUUAUAACCAAAUGCGAUAUAUUUAUGGCUUUAAUAACUAUCAAUGUUGAAAGAGUUAAAUUGCUUCUCACUGUUGUUAUAAUAGACUGAAGUGUUAAUCUCCUUAGUUACUUCUAGUUUUCCCCAAAGAAAAGUUGUCUUUGCUUGUACUUCCAUCUAUCACCACUAGUGUCACUUUUUCCCCACUCUCAGUCCUUUCUCUAAUCCCUGACUUUCAAACUUUUGAUUAUAAAAAAUACACCUAUAAUUACCUUGAUCUUCCUACUCUAAAAUGUCCUUCACCAUUGUUCUCUCUCUCUUACUACUAACUUUGAAACUUAGCUUACUGUCUUAGAGUUCCUUCAACCUAGUCCUCCUAACUUAUUUUAAUCUAAUCUUUUCCCCCAUAACCUUUAAAAACAUUUUCCACUGAUUUAUUCACAAAAUCCCUUUACCACCAAAUUUGAGAAUAUGUGAUUGGAAAAGUCCCCACCUGUUUUUGACUUCUUUACACACAGACUUGGCAAACGACUAAACACCUUUUAGCCUAGCCUGAAAUCUCUUGUGUGUAAGAAUGUAACCCAGAAUAAACAAUGCAUCUCUUUCCAAUACUGCAAUAACAGUAUCUUCUAAUAUUAGUAUCUUAAGAGUAAUUAACUGUUUACUACCUCAAAUCCCUAUCCUAAUUAGUUAAUUUUACAUAGUGAGAUGUUUAACCUCUUUAGGCUGAACCCAGAUAAGUUUUUCCACUAUUCACCAUCACUUCUCAUAGUCGGUUGUUUUUACUUCAAUUGUUGGAUAUUUUGUCUUCUUCUCUAAUCGAUGCUCUCAACUGGCACCCCCCUUCCGGAUCUUCUAGGCACUCUAGAAUCUUUAGGGUUCACCUGGAGAACAGGUGAUCUUGAAUUGCCCCUGUAUCUUCCUUAAAAAUGUUCUCUGUUUUUCCUCCUGACUUGUUGCACUUACAGGUAAAGUACCCAAUCUGUCCACAAUUAUAACAGUCUUCUGAAAGUUGCUGGAAGUGUAGCUGAAAUCUUCCUCCUCCUUCUAAGCCUUCUCGUCCUCUUCCUCUCCAAUUCUGUGUCUGUCCAGAAACUGGCUGUGGAUAUGGAACAUCUGGUACCCCCCUUGGCUGGUACAAUUGCGUUUGAUCUUGCUCAGUUGAAGCUGUAACAGUGAUUGUUGAUUUGGUUCAAAGACAUAAUCUUCAUAUACGAUACUGGCCCCCCGGCCGGAUCAGCACCCAGUCGUGAACAGAGGUUGAUAGCUGGCCUCCCGGGCGGGAUCAGCACCCAGUCCUGGACCGGUGUUCAGCUGGCCCGCCGUGAUAUGUUUGAUACCGGAGCUCCGAGGAGUUCGCCAAAAUUGCUAAGCACUGUACUUCAAAGCAGUGUGUCGAUGCCUGUAUAACUUUAUCAGAAGCACAUGAUGCAUUUCAUCCACAGCACUUGAGAAUAUGACAAAGUUCAACAAUGUUAUUGUCUGUAGGUGGCCCUAUUCACAAUUCAAACUGCUUGGUGGUGUAGUAUGAAAGUCAACCUGAAGGGGGCAACCUAACAAAGCACACACACCUGAAUCAGAGGAUGCCAUACAGACAGACACCUCCCCAUGGUCUACCACUGCAUGUAAUACAGAACAACAUGAAGCAUCAACAGUAGGACAGAGGGUGUCAAAGCUCUGUGAUAGAUAGAUCAGCAUUGUUCUGCUCCUUACCUUUUACACUUCAAACUGACUGACUAGUCAUGAGAAACUGGCUGAUCCUGUAUGUUCUGGCUGCAUGCUGCUUUGGUAUAACAUCACUCUGUUUAUCUGUCUCUUUCUGUGCAUUUGUUCAUUUUAGUUAUAUACAUUAUUAUUAUUAUUAUUAUUAUUAGUUGUGAAUAUAUAUUUGUCUUUAUUUUCAGGGUGCAGAGCAGAAGAGAAUGUAACACAGCCAACAGAAGAUGUAAUGGUCUUAGAAGGACAACCAACAACACUCACUUAUCUAUUCGAUACAACUGAUCAAUCACCAUAUCUCUUUUGGUACAAACAACAAGCAAAUAGCAACCCCAUGUUUAUGCUGAGAAGGGAUACGUUUUUACCUGGAGACACGACUACUGAGUUCAAGGAAAGAUUUCAUGCCCGUCUGAAUGUCACAGCAAAAUCAGUCCCCUUGACGAUCCAGAGGGUACAGAUGUCUGACUCUGCUGUGUACUACUGUGCUCUGAAGCCCACUGUGACAACAGGAUAUACAGCCCCCUUACAAAAACACUGUGUGCACGUGGGUGUGUUCAGUACUUUGUGUUGUGUGCCAUUUUUUAAGGGGAGGUGUUAUAAAAUUGAGGCAGAGGAAAGGAAAUGUCUUUCAUAGUUGACAGUGAGAAACCAGAGGAGUCAUUCUGUCAUAACUAUACUUGUGUUCACUCUUUUCACUGCGUCAAAUAACACUUACCAGCAUGUUACUAAGAUCAAUUUCAAUAUUUGCACUAGUGGGUGAGUUUGAUGCUAUUCUUCAUAUCCAAUCACAUAUCCAAUGUAAUUACUGGACCCUGGAGUAAAAUUACUGUGAAGGAUCUUUUGUCCAUUUUUAAUACACUUGACUGAAAUUUUAGUUGAAUUUUAUGCUAAUUUCCUGAUAAUAAUUCCUGUUUGCAUAAAUGUUUUCCAGGUGGCAGUCAUGGGAAUGACAUUACUCCAACAACAGAUAAGGUGUUUGGGUUGGAGGGUGAUGUCAUCAAUCUGUCCUGUAACUACUCCUCUGCUAGUAAUCUCCAGUGGUAUCGACAGGACCCUGGAUCAUCUCCCAUCUUCCUCCUCCUCACUGGAGUCACAUCAAACCCCUCUGUAGUGAACGGUACUCCACCAUACCCACGACUGUCUGUUAAACUGAAUAAGGAGAGAACCCGUGUGGAUUUGGACAUAUCCUCUUCUGAAGUGACAGACUCUGCUCUGUAGUACUGCGCCCUGCAGCCCAUAGUGACAGGAAACCCAGAAACACUGUACAAAAACCUGACAGCUCAUGAUAAACUCCUGUUAUGCAUAUUUUAGGGCAGGGGUGGGGCUUCCUAUUGUAUGUUCAAGAAAAUUAAUUAUCUUUUAAAAACUGUGUUGGACUUCACUCCAGCAUAUAACCUCAGCUACAAUAUGAUGGUUCUCUACACAGUUAUUUUACUUUCUGCUCUGACAGGUUAGUAAAUGACUGUAUUCCUGUCAUUAUUUUAACUAGAUUGUUCAGGGUAAUGUAUAGUUAAUCUGUAUUAUUGGAUUUUAGAGUAAAUACCAAGAUCUUUCCUCAUUUCAAAUACAUUGAGCUUGUGAUUUAUCCAUCACCUCUUCACAUUUUCAUGUGUCAGUUUUCAGCAGACCAUCCAGUCAAACCAACAUGAAGUGUAUGGAGAGGAGGGUAGUAAUGUUCAGCUUUCCUGCAACUACUCCUCAUUAUACAGUGUACUGUGGUAUAAACAGUAUACAGGAUCAGCUCCACAAUUCCUCCUCUUCAUCCACCAUGCCUCUAGGACUGUAGUGAGAGCUAAACCUCCAUACCCUCACCUCACUGAUAUACUGAACAAAGAGAAGACCCGUGUGGAUCUGGAGAUCUCCUCUGGUGAAGUGACAGACUCUGCUCUGUACUACUGUGCUGUCAAGCCCACAGUGACAGGAAACACAACUUGAUCAUACAAAAAUCAGACAGCCUGACACACAGAUGUGGGAUGUAGACUUUCCAUUCAGAAUGAACUUCAUCCUAUAAACCCUGAUAAAAUAUCAUACAAUUGAUACGAUAUUGUUUAUUUGCAUAUGGUGAUAUGGUGCAGCAUGGUAUAGUAUUGUGGAUCAAUUGAAAAAACAGAAACAAACAAACAAAGGCAUUCCCUAGACAUUUCCAGUUAGAAAUUAAGUGUAAAAUAAUCUGAGGAAGAGGCCAAUAGGAACUGAAAACCCUUAACCACAAACCACAGAAGAAGAAUUACAUAUCCAGUUAUCAGAGGAGGGGCCUCAUAGUCAAACACUGAUAUAGGCUGGGUAUACUUGCAACCAUGAGGAUGUCUCUGUAGAGGAUCUACUCAGCUCUCUCACUGUCUUAUCUCUCAGUUGGUUUAUCUAGUCUGUGUCAGGAUGUCACUCAUAUUACUGUUUCUCCUCUCUGUGUUUGUAGGUGAGUUCUGAAUUCUCAGCUUAAACCAAAUAACAUUUGUAUUUGCCUGCGUUCAAUUAACGAUUCCAUAAAAUCUAAAUGGUAGUAAUACUCUAAAAUUGUAAUUGUUACUGUUAUCAUGUCUGGACGUUAUAUGGACAUCUAAUCCAGACCAUUUAACAUUUGGAAUUAACAUUUUGAAUCCCAAUACUUAUGUUGUUGCAGCUGAUAGUAUGGAGCAGGAAACAAUAACUCCAUUGAAGCCUGAAGUCAAUGUUCUCCAAGGAACAGACCUCACUCUCUCCUGCAACUACAAGGGAAACAUUUACAAUCUCCAAUGGUACCGUCAAUACCCCGGAUCUAGACCAGAAUGUCUUAUUUUGAUCCUACCAACCAACAAGCAUGUACAGAAUACAUCCAUUACGACUCCACGACACACUGGUAGACUGAAUGAAGAGAAGACCCGUGUUGACUUGAAGAUCUCCUCUGCUAUAUUGGAAGACUCUGCUCUGUACUACUGCGCCUUGCAGCCCACAGUGACAGGAAACCCAGACACACUGUACAAAAACCUGUCAAGAGCUUUGGGGAUAAACAGUGCCUUGGUGGAGACACUGUAUUCUGAUAAAUCAGUUAUUAUUUAGAGUAGAUUAUUACAAAUAUUUUCUCUGCAUCUCCACAUCAACUGAAAAAUAAAAUAUAACUGGUCUUUUAUUGAAAUAUAUUCCCUUCUCCAGGAAAUAAUACUUUAUAUUGUAUUCAUGUUCUGUUGUGAUAUAACAUGAUCAGAUAUACUAGUCUGAAUAAAUACAGAAUUAAUAACAUUUGUGUUGUUUUGCUUCCUUAGAGUAUUAAGGGCAGUAAUUGUCUUAUUCUUCUCCAUUGGUUUUUGUGAACAGCAUACAUUUUGAGACAAUACCAAUAGAGGGCAGUCAUGGGCCGCAUUAUCUCUAUUCAGAACUACAGCAAAAUCAUGAAGAUGACAUUAAGCAGCUAUUCAACCUUGAAAGACAGUUUAACUCAAAUACCCAACCACCUUUAGUGUAGAGAGGUGGAACUAUAAAGUAAAUGAGUGCUUUGACAUUACAGCAUGUAGUCUAAAAUAUGUUUGAGGAGAGGUUAGUGAUAUUAUCUUACAUGAAAGCGCAUAAAGCCAAUCAUUCAGUACCCAUAAAGAUGUUUUUAUGCAAUUUUGCUUUUUUCAAUGUCCAUUGGUAAGUGCAUAGGUUUUGCAUUGGGUUUUGCAUUGCAGUUUUGCGUUGCAGACAUACUUGUCAAUAUGCUGUAGCAUUUACGGUACAUGAAUUGCAAUAUGAUUUAUUUAAAACAUAUCUAACAUUAUUUAUUUCAGGUAGCAGUUAUGAGGAGGAAAUAAUAUCAGCCACAACUGAAGAGCAUGUUUUUGAGGGUGAUGGUGUUACUCUGUCCUGCAACUACACUGGCACUUACAGUGGUAGCGGUACUUUACUGUUGUACCAACAAUACCCCAGAUCAACAACAGAAUUCCUGAUCCUCAUCACUGAAGGAGGGUUUAAGACACAUCUGACAACAUAUAGUAUACUGUAG